AUGUUUCGCUGGGUGAAGCGGGUGCGGUCCUUUUCCUCCGCGGCAUCGUCCCUUCUUGCCGAUGCGACCACAGCCGCUAAGCUCCGCCAACCCGCAUCCUUCCAAGUCUUCCGUGACGUGCCUCCUCUCCGCCAACUGCGCCGAACAUUAUUGAAAAAUGACCGCACGGUGGGCUUUGUUCCCACUAUGGGUGCCCUUCACGAAGGACAUAUCUCCUUGAUCCGCCAGGCAGCCCGCGAAAAUACCGACAUUUUUGUCAGUAUUUUUGUCAACCCCACUCAAUUUGGAGUCAAUGAGGACCUUUCCAGCUACCCCCGCACAUGGGAUAGUGAUGUGGAGAAAUUGGAAGCGUUGAAUGAGGAGCUCGCUCGAGUUGAAGCAGAGACUGAGUCUGGGGCGACGGCAGGCCGCAUUACUGCCAUCUUUGCGCCUACAUCCAAAGUCAUGUAUCCUACACUUCCGCCUUCUUCGGAGAUUGAUGGACAUGGCUCAUUCGUUACAAUCACCCCCUUGUCGACCAAAUUAGAAGGUGGUUCUCGACCAGUAUUCUUCCGAGGCGUUGCGACCGUCUGUAUGAAGCUCUUCAAUGCCACCACCCCGGACCGAGUAUACUUUGGUCAGAAAGACGUGCAGCAGACUGUUGUCAUCAAGCGAAUGGUUCAGGAUUUUCAUAUCGGAACCGAGGUGCGAAUCGUGAAUACGACCCGUGAGCCCACUGGGCUAGCGCUGAGCUCUCGUAACGUCUAUCUCGGCGAACGCAGACGUGCCGUUGGACUUACCAUUUAUCGGGCACUCAAGGCUGCCGAGGAAGCUUACCUAGCGGGCAAGACCUCUCGCGCAGAUAUCUUGGGAGCUGCACGAAGUGUGACGGAUACGGUGCUCGCUGAACAGCAAGCUCUUUCGAAAACAGAACGUUCACUAUUUGAGGUUGACUAUAUCUCUCUGGCAGACCCUGACAGUUUAGAAGAGCUUGAUUUCGUCGAGCCUGCUAAAGGAGGUGUCCUGAGUGCAGCUUUGAAGAUGGCGCCUUUGGAAGAGACCAAGCCAGGUGAGGACUGUGGACUGGGUGAUGGCAAGGUCCCAGUGCGAUUGAUUGACAACUUGAUCCUUCAUCCCAAGGCCUAA